GAUGUUUUAUGUGAAGACAUAAAACCGAACCUGAAUAUAAUGAGAAGUGUGUGCUCGAGCAGUAAAAGUUGGAAGCUGGACACUCAGUGAGCUAUAACUGUUCAAUGCCAGUGUUUUUCUAAAAGGUAGUCUAGUCGGUCAGAGGUUUAACUGGCUCAGUGAUCACCAAGUAGUAUCCCAGCAGCCAAGAAAGGCUUUCCAUUAGAUAAUGAAUUAUGAAAUAUGUCUCACACUGGAAAAACCAGUCAUCUGCUGAUGUCAUGCUGAUUCUAACCAAUCCCAAACAAAGCCCCAGCCCUCCUCUGUUUGAGUGGUACCAAUGUGUGAGUGUGCAAAGUAGUAGUACAGUAUAAAACUUCAGAGUGCCAAUACCAUGAAGAGGAACUCUUCAGACAGCUCUUACCACAUGAUACAAGAGUCUGCUGGUGAAAGAGAGAGGACCGGAAAGAGAAUUUGCUGAAGAGGAGAAGGAAAAAAAAAAAAAAAAAAAAACCAAGAAAGGAAAAAAAAAAAAAAAACCAAAAAAACCUGUGCGUGAGGGGGGAGGAAAAGCAGGGCCUUUAAAAAAAAGGCAAUCACAACAACUUUUGCUGCCAGGAUGCCCUUGCUUUGGCUGAGAGGAUUUCUGUUGGCGAGUUGCUGGAUUAUAGUGAGGAGUUCCCCCACCCCAGGAUCCGAGGGGCCCGGCGCAGCCCCCGACUGCCCGUCCUGUGCGCUGGCCACCCUCCCAAAGGAUGUACCCAACUCUCAGCCGGAGAUGGUGGAGGCCGUCAAGAAGCACAUUUUAAACAUGCUGCACUUGAAGAAGAGACCCGAAGUCACCCAGCCGGUGCCCAAGGCGGCGCUUCUGAACGCUAUCCGAAAGCUUCAUGUGGGCAAAGUGGGGGAGAACGGGUACGUAGAGAUAGAGGAUGAUAUCGGCAGGAGGGCAGAAAUGAAUGAACUCAUGGAGCAGACCUCGGAGAUCAUCACGUUCGCAGAAGCAGGCACCACCAGGAAAACGCUGCACUUUGAGAUUUCCAAAGAAGGCAGUGACCUGUCGGUGGUGGAGCGGGCCGAAGUCUGGCUCUUCCUCAAAGUCCCCAAGGCCAACAGGACCAGGACCAAAGUCACCAUCCAGCUCUUGCAGAAGCACCCCCAGGGCAACGUGGACGCAGGGGAGGAGGCCGAGGAGAGGGGCUUCACGAAGGAGAGGAACGAAGUGUUGAUAUCGGAAAAGGUGGUGGACGCGAGCAAGAGCACCUGGCACAUCUUCCCGGUGUCCAGCAGCAUCCAGCGGUUGCUGGACCAGGGCAAGAGCUCCCUGGACGUUCGGAUUGCCUGUGAGCAGUGCCACGAGACGGGCGCCAGCCUGGUGCUCCUGGGCAAGAAGAAGAAGAAGGAGGAGGAGGGGGAAGGGAAGAAGAAGGACGGAGGAGACGGAGGGGCAGGGGGAGAGGAGGACAAGGAGCAGUCCCACAGACCUUUCCUCAUGCUGCAGGCCCGCCAGUCUGAAGACCACCCCCAUCGGCGGCGGCGGCGGGGCUUGGAGUGCGACGGCAAGGUCAACAUCUGCUGUAAGAAACAGUUCUUUGUCAGUUUCAAGGACAUUGGCUGGAAUGACUGGAUCAUCGCUCCCUCCGGCUAUCACGCCAACUACUGCGAGGGUGAGUGCCCAAGCCACAUAGCAGGCACGUCGGGGUCCUCGCUCUCCUUUCACUCGACGGUCAUCAACCACUACCGCAUGCGGGGGCACAGCCCCUUCGCCAACCUCAAGUCGUGCUGUGUGCCCACCAAGCUGAGACCCAUGUCCAUGCUGUACUAUGAUGAUGGGCAGAACAUCAUCAAGAAGGACAUUCAGAACAUGAUAGUGGAGGAGUGUGGGUGCUCAUAGAGCGCCCUGCCCAGGGGGGACGGGAGCCAGAGUUGUCCAGAGAAGACAGUGGCAAAAUGAAGAAAUGUUUAAGGUUUCUGAGUUAAACAAGCAGAAAAAAAAAAAAAAAAUAGAAAUUAAAAAAAAAUAAACUAAAAACAAAACCUGAAACAGAUGAAGGAAGAUGUGGAAAGAUUCCUUAGCCAGGGCUCAGAGAUGAAGCAGUGAACAAGACGGGAAUUGGGAGGGAGAGGGAGAACAGCACCCCCUUCAUUUCUUCUGAUAUCAAGGUGAUGACAUCAGUCGCUUACACGGGAGUAUUGUCCCCUCCUUUUCAGUCCCCUUUUCAGUGUGAGCCUCGAAGUCGACUUGUCUAGUCUGCAAUAACGUGGGCUGGCACAACCCAAAUAGCAUCUAGAAAGCCAUGAGUUUGAAAGAGCCAAUUACAGGCGCUUUCCCACCCAGUUACCCAGGUCGUAAGGUAUGUCUGUGUGACCCUCUCUCUGUGUAUAUCAGCCCGUGCGCACACGCACACACACACAGACACACACACACACACACGGAGGCAUUUCCACACGGCACAUGCACACACAUACUGGUAAGGGAACAAUGGUGUGCAGGUGGUCACACUUCUUUUUCUGUACCAGUUUUGCAACAAAGCAGAACAGAACAAAAAACCAACCUAAAAACAAAACAAAACAAAAAUCUGAGAACAAGAAUGGGAAGAGAGCAAAAUCAAGGAACAAAGAAUACCAAGUUACAUUUCGUUAAGGUGCUUAUGACUUAGUACUAUGCAACCUAAUAGGUUUGAAACUGUUUACCUGAGAGAGAACAAAAUGAGAGACUUUUUUGUAUUGGAAGUAACCUGAUUAAUUUUUAUUUUCUUCAAGGAGAGAUACUUGAAAGGAAUAUGUUUGUCCAUCUGUUGGAUCCAAACAUUUCUAUAUUUUGUAAAUGUUGUUUUUUUUUUUAUCGUUUACUAUUUGCACUACAAUGGUGUUUGACCUGUCUAAUCCUUAUUUAACAAGUAUUUUCUUUGGGUGGGGGUGGGGGGGGUUUAAGAGCUGCACUUAAUGUGAGCUAUAAGAGAACUGCUAAGCACACAAAAUAGCUAUUUUUAUUAUUAUAAUUAUAAUUAUUAUUAUUAUUUUGUACCUUAAAAAAUAGACACAUACACCAAAGACAUUUGUGUGAGCCUUUAAAACAGUCUGUCUGUGGUUGGUAUCAUUCACCAUCAGUGAGUCAGGGGUUGGGAUUCAAGGCGGAGGAGGGCGGAUUGUGUUCAGGCGGAAAGGACCUGAGAAGUUCGGUUUUUGACUCCUUUGACAUCCACGAAGCGGGACAUUUCAUACUGGAAGUACAGUAGCUGUGCACUGUUAGUUAUCCCAGAACACUACAUGCUUGUCUGUGUAUAUGUACGUGGCCUGUGCAUACGCAUACCUGUGUGAAUAUAUACACGGAUCGCAUCAUGCCCAUGCACAUUUUAAGCACGUCAGGCUGUCAUUUUGUAAUGUUCUUAAAGCAAUGAAUGUUUGUGUGCAAAACACAGUAUUUUUAAGAAGGAUAGGCUAUAGUUUUUGCUUUUCCUCCGAACUAGGUGGGCACAUUUCAAAAAAUGUGGAUGGGAAGAAGCCUGGAAACUCCAGUGACUAUUCAGCAAGACCCUCUUUCAUUGUGCAGGGACCCAGCUCCCUCCUCUUUCUCGCCACCCCCCCCCCCACCUCUAUCCCACCAGGUAUUCCCUGCAGGGAAAACAGGAAACUCAUGUUCUUCAAGGUUCUAGGCUGAUUUUUUUGUGUGUUUUGUGACUUAUAUUUAUUAUCUAUUGGAAUCAAUCUUAAAUCGGAAAGCUUUUUCGGAAAGAAACAAAAAAUUCAUCUUUAGUCCAAAAUAAGAGUUGGGUACUUUUUUUUUGAUGAUUAAGGCCUAAUUCUGAGAACUAUGACUUGCUGGGCUAAAUAAUGUUGUUGUCACUAAUUAAAAGAUAAAUAACUUGGGGGGAAGGUCUUAAGAGAUUGAGAAGAAGAAAGAGAACUGCAGGGAGGCAUCAGUGACAAAAAUCCCUAAUAUUUUAAUUUACAGCCAAAACUCUUGAUAUAUAAGUUUGUAUGUAUUGACUCAGAUGCAAAAAAGAAAAAAAAAAAAACACUUUGUUUUAUAAAUAUCAAAGUACAUGCUUAAAGCUAAAUUUCUACUAAUUUAUUCCACAAUAUUUAGCUUGCCUAGAAUAGCUAAUAAGUUAUUCAUUUAUAUGCUUUUAAAAAUACAGAGCCUUAUUUUUACUGACUUGUUUGAGGUUUGCAAAAAUUGAAAAAAAUACUAAUAAUUUGGAAAAAUUGCAUUCAUUAGUAUUUUGUAAAAUACUGAAGCUUUCAGCCCUAUGUCAAUUCAUAGAUUUUUUUAAAAAAAUUAGUUGUAAAAAAUAAAAUAGUGAGAAACCAAACAUUACUAAAGGUGGCUUAGCUCUUCUUGAAAUAUAUAUCCUAAAUUGGUGUACUAUAACACUAGGCUGUAUGUAGGCAAAUUAUUUUAAUGUUGUUACUGGGUAGAUAUACUUACUACAUCUUGAGGUCCACCCUUUCUUAUGCAGAAAUACAACAUGUACUCCAUGAGAGUGGACUCUACGUGUAAGAGGGAGAGCGUGCAAAGUUAGUACUUGCUUCCUCACUCUUAACCAUUGACCAGGAAAUCAUUCAGGUGGGGAAGGUGGGCAUGGUGAGGGAAGUUUCAAGGAGAGGGGGAUGGCGAUGUUCAACUUUAGAAAUUUCCAUGAAAAACUUAAAGGGCCUUUUGGACUGCUGCUUAUUUGGUAGUGGCGCUAAUAAUGGAACCCAUGGAAAUAGUGUGGGGACCCAAGUCCUAGUUCGCAGUGCACUAGCAGAGAUGGCCAGGGCAGUGGGAAAAGCAGGAUGCUCGAAAGACAGCUGAUACCUGUUUGUGGCUCCCAUUCAUCUCAAGUGUGUGUGCCAUCUUGUUUAAAAGAGUGCUCGACACAGUGGGGAUAAGAAGGAGUUUGAUUGGUGGCCAUAGUGAUUGGAAGUGGAGCAAAAUGAAAUUCCAUAUGAUAAUAUUUUAAUGGGAUGUGUUAAUUGAAAUUAAAUGAUUAGGUUGUCAAACAUCCCCAAACUUUGACAUUAUUUCAUUAAAUUUAUGUGGCCUUGAACUAGAAUUAUAAAUUGCUGCUAUCUUUAAUAAUCUUGGAAGAUAUGCUGGUUUGUAAACAACCACACUUUUCAUGUAGCAGCACGAGGCCAAAAGAAAAAGCUUUUAAAUUCUACCAUAUUGGGUUCCUCACAGUAGGUUUUCCUUAAAACAGGGUGGCUCUAUCUGAUCUUAGCAUCUCUCUACUCUUUCUCUAGGGCUGAUCUCUAGGCUCUUAAAAACCUACUCAUACCAAUCUUAAAAGCUCUGAAAAGUAUUUGACCCCAAGUAUUUUUUAAGAAUGAUAAAUAUUUGGUAGUUUGGAUUCUUUCUUUUUUUUUUCUUUCUUUCUUUUUUUUCUCUUUCUUUCUUUCUUUCUUUCUUUCUUUCUUUCUUUCUUUCUUUCUUUCUUUCUUUCUUUCUUCCUUCCUUCCUUUCUUUUUUCUUUCUCUUUCUUUCUUCCUUUCCUUCCUUCUUUCUUUUUAUUUUUUUUUCAAAAAAAGCAUGGCAAAUUCCAGCACACUGAGUUGGGAUUUUCUUGUCCCUAAAGACCAAACAAUUUCAUAGAUAUUUAAGAUUGAUUCCACACUUUGUUUUCAAGGAGAAUGCCUGCAUUCUCCUCUAAGGAAGAGCAAGUGAAUUUUGUUUUUCACCCCCCAUGGGAUUGGACCUCAAGAAGUAACUUUAAAAAACAGAGAACACAAAUGCCUCAGUUGUAUUAAGUUUAGAUUCAAAUUAUUAUGUUCACUUGAAAAAAAUGAUUUCCUGGGGGCCUUUUGGCAACUUCCCUUUCAAUGUAGAGAAGAACUUAGUCACCCUGAAACCCUACACAAUAAAUUGGAACUUGUAGAUGUGGGCAGAAGGUUUGGGGGUGGACAUUGUGUGUGUUUAAAUUAAACCCUUUAUCACUGAGAAGCUGUUGUAUGGGUCAGAGAAAAUGAAUGCUUAGAAGCUGUUCACAUCUUCAAGAGCAGAAGCAAACCACAUGUCUCAGCUACAUUAUUUAUUUUUUAUGCAUAAAGUGAAUCAUUUCUUCUGUAUUAAUUUCCAAUGGGUUUUACCCUCUAUUUAAAUGCUUUGAAAAACAGUGCAUUGACAAUGGGUUGAUAUUUUUCUUUAAAAGAAAAAUAUAAUUAUGAAAGCCAAGAUAAUCUGAAGUCUGUUUUGUUUUAAAACUUUUUAUGUUCUGUGGUUGAUGUUGUUUGUUUGUUUGUUUUUAUUUUUUUAUUUUUAUUAUUAUUAUUUUUUUUUGGCAUACUACAUGCAGUUCUUUAACCGACGUCUGUUUGGCUAAUGUAAUUAAAGUUGUUAAUUUAUAUGAGUGCAUUUCAACUAUGUCAAUGGUUUCUUAAUAUUUAUUGUGUAGAAGUACUGGUAAUUUUUUUAUUUACAAUAUGUUUAAAGAGAUAACAGUUUGAUAUGUUUUCAUGUGUUUAUAGCAGAAGUUAUUUAUUUCUAUGGCAUUCCAGCGGAUAUUUUGGUGUUUGCGAGGCAUGCAGUCAAUAUUUUGUACAGUUAGCGGACAGUAUUCAGCAACGCCUGAUAGCUUCUUUGGCCUUAUGUUAAAUAAAAAACCUGUUUGGGAUUUAU